GACUGGCAAUACUUUUCUGAGUUUUACUAUGGCAAAAUGUAAAUAUUGACAAAUAAACGUACUCUCAUUUUAUGUAUAAAUAUACUUUUUUUACAAAUAAAAGCCUUUUAAUGCAGCUUAUUUAGGUGCGAAGCAGAGAAAACUAAGAUGGCUGAAGAUCGUGAGAUAUUAAGAGAAAUAUGGGAUGGACAAAUUCCCAUUUGUUUCAGACUGGCUUCAGAAGAAAUUUAUACUCUGCAGCAUCCAGAGCCAUUUUAUUUGAUGGUGCCUCGUUUAACUUAUUUUCCUCUGCUUUCGGACAAAAUCCAGAAACAUUUCAGUAAUCAUGUCAAAGAUGACAUUGUUGGUGCAGAAAUGUGGAUUGAUUAUGACAGUCAACCUCUUAAAUGGCAUUAUCCUGUUGGAUUACUUUUUGACUAUUAUGGUUCUGAUGCCAAACUUCCUUGGAAUGUAACUGUUCAUUUUAAAGAUUUCCCAGAAACUGAAUUGAUUCACUGUCCAAAUAAAAUGGCUGUGCAGUCACACUUUAUGUCCACAGUAAAAGAAGCCAGUGCUCUGAAACAUCGUACACAAUUGGUACAAAGUAUGUUACCCAAGGAACACAAGGAACUUUGGCAAGGGUUUGAGAAAUAUAAAUUUGAGCAAUUCUGGGCCAUUAAUAAAAGACUUAUGGAAAAUCCCGGUGAACAAUACUUCAAAUACAUUCCUUUUAGAUUAUAUCAGCCUGGUGUUUCUUUAAUACAAGCAUUAAUCAAGCCUAUUCAAGAAUCUGGAGAACAAAAUUUGCUCAGGGAUUUGUUGAAAGCUAUUGUACCUGAUUGUGUCGAUAAAAUUGGAACCAAAUAUAAAUUGAUAUUGCAAGGAAUUGAACCACCUCUCAAUAUGCAUCUCCAGUGGAUGAGCGAACAUCUUAGUUAUGCUGACAAUUUCUUGCACCUAGUACUCCUACCAAAGGAUUGAAUUCCUUUAGAUGAUAAUCACUUCAAUCAAAAUAUUUAAGAUGCACUUCACCAUCAGUAAAGCAAUGGCUAUCCAUAACUUUUACUAUUUUAUAUCUAAAGAAACAUAAAUUGUAAAUACUAUAAAAAUAAUGCUAAUUUUUAAUUAAAAAGUUAAUUACUUUUUGAGCACAAAUCUUCUCUAUUAUAGUAUUCUUUGUAAAUAAAUAAAUUUAGAAUUAUAAUUUUUAUCUAAAAGGCAGCCUGUUCAAAUUAUUACUUAUUUUGUCUUGCCUGCUGUUGUUUAUUUAUUCAUUCAUAGAUGUAUUUGCCCAUAUCAAUUCAUUUAAAAUAAUUUUCUUUGAAAAUGUAUAUUUAUCUUUUAGCAUUUUGCAGUGAUAUAGAUGUGCAUUUUUUUUACCAUUGUAAUGAAAGGCACAUAUUUUAGUUUGGAUAUUUCAGCAAUUAAUAAGUAAUUAAAUCCUGCAAUUUUAAAGUUACUUUACCUUUAUGAAUUUUUUUCCUUAAAAAUUUGAAGUCAAUGAAAUGUUUCAAUUUUAUUUUUCGUGAAUUAUUCUGAUUUAUGAUAUAUCUGUGAUAUCUAUUGUGCAAAGCU